AUGGGUCAUAUGCUAUCUGUAAUGUGUGUGUGUUGUAGCUAUGAGAAGAUACAGAAGGAGAACUGCCAGUCAUAUUUCAGUGCCGUGGGCAGAGCAGAUUUCUCCGUUCUUUCCCACAGCCUUGACAAAAAGACCAUCCUGUUCAAUGAUGCAAAGGACUGCCUGGGUAUAUCUGGUGUGAGCCUGACCAGUUAUCAGGUGGAGGUUCUGGGGAAUAUGGCCUGCACACUGGACUCCUCCUACAUCCAGAACUCUCACCCUCUCAUGUUGGAGAAACUGAAGAACUGUGGAGAUCUUUCUGAUUCUCAGAUCACUGCUGUACAGUCUUUGCUCCUCAGUGGGAACACCGCUUAUGGUAAUCCCUCAACGUGGAAUGAGCAGACCGUGGAGCAAAUCGGCAUCCUGGCUGUCUAUUUCAAAUCAGACCUCUGCAACGCACUUAGCUUUAAUGUAAGGAGGAAGUUCUUUUCAGUCCUGAGGAAGCAGAAGAUCCCGAUGAAGAAGCUAAGGACAUUCUUUACAGAAUGCAACUCAGAAAGUGCUACAGUGAGCAACAUCACAGCGGUGACAAUUGCAGAUGCGUCGUUUCCUUUCGGCUUUAACUCCACCCAGUUUGAUCUGUAUCUGGACAUCGCUGUCCUGCAGAACAACCUGGCAGCCAUCACUGAGAAAGUGGUGGACACCAGCCUCCAGACCGUCAUUCUGAACAAGUUAAACCAGAUUUACCCAUCAGGCCUUACUGAUGGUGUGCUGCAGCUACUGGGAUCCGCUUCUCGUGUGGCCACUAUUGAUGACAUUAGCAAGUGGAACAUUACCAUAAUUGACACACUGUCUUCUUUGAUAGACUCAAAUGAUGGACUCUGGGAACCAGAAAAGAGUAAAGCGGUUAUUAUGAGGUAUCUGAGCAUGGGGAAUCGCUCUCUGGGAAGUGCUGAAAUAAAUGCAGUUGGUUCCAACAUCUGUACUUUAAACAUCAGUGUACUGGAAAAUAUCAAUGCUGAGAGCCUAAAGGAGGUCCUGUUUCCAGAUCUUUCCUCAUGUACCAUUGAACAGAAAUCCGCUCUGUACAUCACAGCCAACACUUCAUUCAGCAAUCAGCGCAGCAAUGCCAAAACAUACUACCAAAUUAUGAGACCUUACCUGGGUGGAGCUCCUGUGGAGGAUAUACAAGCUCUUUCUACCCAGAACAUCAGUAUGGACAUCACCAUAUUCAUUAGUCUGGACCCUGCUGUUCUCAAGAUCUUGAAUGUGAGCACAGUGAGGGAUCUAAUGGGGGUAAACAUAGCUGAUCUGAAGCUGUUUGAGAACUCCUCAGUGGUUCAGUCCUGGGUGUCACGACAGAACCAAUCUGAUCUGAACACACUGAAUCUUGGCAUCAUCAACCACAACCCUUGUUAUGGUGUAGACAGUCACCCACUUGAUAGCGAGUUCGCAUCUGGAAAUGUUUCUGCAGUACUGUGUAACUUCAGCAUUCCUGCCUAUGCCUGUUCAUCAGUUGUUGUUCUAUCCUCUGAUGAUCUGGCCACACUGCUCACAUGCAAACUGCCAAGCAGCCUGAACUACUCUAAAGGCGCUUGGAAGCUUUUCUUCCAGAAUUUUCCUGGACCUUUGGAUGAUGUACUGGACAGGUUUUCAAACAUGACCCACAGCAGCAUUCGGCCUGACCCAAAUAUACUUGAUGCCAUCUGGGAGGUGAUAAUCAAGGACUUCACUGCAGCACAGCUGAUGAAUGCCACUUUCAUCACUGAGUGGUUCCAGAUGAGGCUCAGACCAUUUUUGUCAUCAGUGUCCACAGACUUUCUGUCCAGCCUCAGUUCCAAAAGCUUCAGCUGUGAGAGCUACCAGGCUGUGGUGGAAGCUCUUAGCAGUCAGGAAUCACUCAUGAAAGAGGAACAGAAGCAGUUGGUCUUUACUUCAUUCAUCUUUCCCUUCCUGUCAAGAGUUGACCUCCCAGACCCUGGCUGUCGUUCCAACACUUCUGGCAGCAAUAAGUGGCUUGAAAAGAACCUUGGCAAUUUCUCCAAUUAUGCCCCCUUGGAAAAGCUCAAAAUUCUAAAUGCAAAUUUCUCCAGCGUUGCAGUGUUAGGCUUACUGUCCAGUGAGCAGAAGGCACAGUUCAUCUUGCAGCCGGAUUCAGGAGUGUUGGGAAAUGACUCUGUGUUUAGAGAGGUGUUUAGCAGUGCGAUCACAUCUUUAGAUCGGAAUCAACUUGGCAGCUUCUUGACAGUCUUCCACCAGACUGCAAUACAAGUGAGGAUCUCUGUAGUCUACAAACCAGGGCACAUUUCUUUUCGCAAUAAGACACGUUUAUUCUAUGCAUACUAAUUGAUGGAGUCCGAGUGUGUCCAGACUGUUAAUCCGUGCUGCUGUGUGUUUGCAGAUGAACAUGACUAGCAUUCCUUCAGCAAUAUCAGACACCAUUCUGAACAUGACACUCUUGGAUCUGGUGCCUCACUUCCAA